AUGCAACCCCGUUCUCCAUACACCGGCCCUCGCAGGAAGCUUGUCCUGGCAUUCGAUGUGGGGACAACAUACAGCGGGGUCUCGUACAGGAAUGUACCUUCAAGUCUUCGUCAAAUUUUAAUUAAUUCUUCAUAUGUUCCUAGCAUUCUUGAUCCAGGUCUGGUUCCGGAAAUUAGAGGAGUUACUAGAUUUCCUGCUCAAGAACGUGUCGGUGGGGACUGCAAGAUACCCUCCAUUCUCUAUUACGAUCAGUACGACGUAGUUCGUGCGGCCGGCGCUGAAACUUUACUCGGAAGUGUUCUCGCACAAAAAGAAGAAGAGCAGUGGUUCAGUUGUCAAUGGUUUAAGCUUCAUCUCCGACCACGAACCCCAGGAUCUAUGGAAGAGAUCAGAGAUACGAUCCCUGCUCUGCCUGAAAGCAAAAAUGCCGUUGAAGUGUUCGCCGACUUUCUGCACUAUCUGUUCCACUGCUCCCGCACGUACAUCGAGGAGAUGCAUGGGGUGGGCGAUAAUUGGUGGGGCUCGAUAGAGGACACCAUCGAGUUCGUAUUAUCCCAUCCGAAUGGGUGGGAGGGCGCACAGCAAGAGCAGAUGCGCCGUGCAACCGUGCUCGCAGGAUUAGUACCUAACGACGAGGCGGGCCAGGCACGCGUGUCAUUCGUUACUGAGGGAGAAGCCAGUCUCCAUUUUUGCAUCCAGAGUGGGCUGCCGGCAGGCGCGAUGAAGGAUAAUUCUGGCGUGUUGAUCGUUGAUGCGGGUGGAGGAACUAUUGACCUCAGUGCUUAUGGUUGUGCUUCAGGAUCGGCUGAUACUUUUCAGGAGAUUGCUCCACCCCAGUGUCACUUCAAGGGAUCCAUCUUCGUCACCUUCAAUGCUCGUACUUAUCUGGACGCCCACCUCCGCAACUCAAAAUAUCUGGAGGACGUGCCCCAGAUGGCUGAUUCCUUUGACAAAACAACGAAAUUGCUAUUCAGGAAUAAACACGAACCACAAUACAUCAGAUUUGGCAACCUCCGGGACAAGGAUCUGGCUGUCGGAAUUCGCUCAGGCCAGUUGAAGCUUUCUGGGUCGGACGUUGCGUCUUUCUUUGAACCCUCAGUCAAUUGUAUCGUCGAUGCCAUCGCAGAACAAUCACAAAAAGCACGAAAGCCCAUCAAUUCGGUCUUUCUUGUUGGAGGGUUCGCAGCUAGCAAUUGGCUCUUUGCCGAGCUGAAGGAAGCUUGCACUCAAAUGGGCCUGAGUGUCCUCCGUCCGGAUAGCCAUGUAAACAAAGCCGUUGCGGAUGGUGCCCUAUCUUUCUACCUUGAUCACUCCGUCAGAAGUCGCGUGUCGAGAUUCACUUACGGCACCGACUGCAACACCUUUUAUGACGGCAACGAUGUCGAGCACCUCCAGAGAUUCACAUCCUUUACUGCUCUUGAUGGAAGUCGACAAAUCCCAGGCGCCUUUGACGUUAUUUUGCCGAAGAACACGCAAACGUCUGAAACAAAAGAGUUCCGCAGGGGGUACUCUCAACAAACUGUUUCUCUGUCGACGUUGUCGCAAGUAGCAUUUAACCUCGAUUGCUACCGUGGAGAACUAGCUAGUCCUCGAUGGAGAGAUAUCGAUGCUGGGAUGUAUUCCACUCUCUGUACUAUCGAGGUUGACCUCUCGAAGCUCGCCCAUUCUCUGGGCCCCCGCCAAACUAAGGAUGGUAGGGUGUACUACAAAGUAAUCUAUGAAAUUGUCCUGUUGUUCGGCCUCACGGAGCUCAAGGCGCAGCUGUGCUGGCAAGAAAACGGUGUUCUGAAGAGAACACCCGCGAAGCUCAUAUAUGAUCCUGCUUCUUGA